AUUGCCGCGUUCUGUUCGGACGUGCAAAGCCAACCUGGGUCAGAGAUGUAUGUGGGAAUAGAGGAACCCGCCCAGUUUGCAGCUGCCUCUGCUUUCCAACCCUAACAAGACUCCUCUGCAUGCUGGAGGCCAGCGUGGCCGCCUUGGGGUCGGGCCUGCUUCUACUUUUGCGACACACACCCCCCCCCCCGCGCUCUGGCCUUCUGCGCUGGGCUAGCAGAGCCCCCUCCUGGGCUGGAGAGAGCCUGCCAUCCAUUCACAAGCCAGGCUAAGCUCCUUCUGCGCCUUCCAUUGAUGGCCGCGCUGCCUUCACGUGACGCGCUCCGCAGCUGAUCGGGAAAAACCAGCCAUUGCACCUCCCGUCUUCGUGUUUCAGAAAGAUAAAGCGCAGAAGUCCCUUGCAGAGCAAAAGGGGUGCUGGAUUCAGGCGAGGACCCCCGGGGAGAAGCCGAGUCACCUUGCCGGGCCAUGGGCCACCCCAAAUCGGCUGGGGAGUGCAACUUGGAGGCUCCCGACCCCCCAGUUGCUGGGGGGGUCAGUGCUGGGGCCCAACUUGCUCCUGUUCCACCAGAACUGGCGGGGAGAUCAGCAGAUGGAUCCAGCCCAGAAGAUGGGGAAGAGUCGGACCGAGAGGAUGGGAGUUACUGCCCCCCGGUGAAGCGCGAGAGAACCUCUUCGCUAACGCAGUUUCCGCCUUCACAGUCAGUGACAAAGAACAAUGUCUUCAUGCCAUCGAGCUUCUGCGAACCUUCGGCGGGGAACUCUGACUCGGAGCCAGAGGAAAAAACCACGGGAUUCCGACUGAAGCCACCCACCCUCAUCCACGGCCAGGCACCCAGCGCAGGGGUCCCCAGCCAGAAGCCGAAGGAGCAGCAGCGGAGCGUCUUGCGCCCGGCGGUCCUGCAGGCCCCGCAGCCGAAGGCCUUUUCCCAAACAGUUCCGAGCAGCGGCACCAACGGCGUCAGCACCCCGCCAGACCCCGUGGCAGCCACGUCUGACUCCGCAAGCAGUACGGCCCCGAGAAGUCCCGAGCCGGAAGAGAAGGAGAAACAGUGUCAGAAAAAUGAGUCUAACAACACCUCAGAGGCCGAAAAAUGUGAAAAAGAGCAAAACGCGCAACAGUCCUUCGUAUUUGGGCAGAACCUAAGAGACCGAGUGAAGCUAGGAGACGAAGGCGACGACUCGGCCAGCAUGCAGAAUGCCCGGCUGCCCAGCUCCGAGACGCCUCCGGCCACCAACUAUUUUCUUCAGUACAUCAGUUCCAGCAUAGAGAACUCCACGCACAGCGCGGACACCUCCAGCCACAAGUUUGUGUUUGGCCAGAACAUGAGCGAGAGGGUCUUGAGCCCCCCCAAGCUGAGCGAAGCCAGUACAGACGGCAGCAAGGAGAACACGGCCGGGGACUCGGGCUCCGAAUCGUCCUCACAAGAAGCCACGCCGGAGAAAGAGUCGCUGGCUGAGUCUGCUGCCGCCUACACCAAGGCCACCGCCCGGAAGUGUCUGCUGGAGAAGGUGGAGGUGAUCACGGGGGAGGAGGCCGAGAGCAACGUCCUGCAGAUCCAGUGCAAGUUGUUUGUCUUUGACAAGAACGCCCAGUCUUGGGUGGAAAGAGGCCGGGGACUCCUGCGCCUGAACGACAUGGCCUCCACAGAUGACGGGACGCUACAAUCCCGCCUCGUCAUGAGGACUCAAGGGAGUCUCCGGCUAAUCCUGAACACCAAACUCUGGGCUCAGAUGCAGAUCGACAAAGCCAGCGAGAAGAGCAUCCGCAUCACGGCCAUGGACACGGAGGACCAAGGCGUGAAAGUCUUUCUCAUCUCGGCGAGUUCCAAAGACACGGGCCAGCUCUACGCAGCCUUGCAUCACCGGAUCCUGGCCCUGCGGAACCACGUGGAGCAGGAGCAAGAGGCCAAAAGCGCAGCCCCCGAACCGGAGGUCUCCCAGUCCAACGAGGAGGACAGCGAUGACGACGUCCUGGCACCUUCGGGGUCGCCCGGAAGCGGUCCCACCAAUGAAGGAGACGGGCAGACGGCCGGCAGCACAUAGCGCCCAGAAGCCAGCCCGCUUGCGAGAGCUGCCCGCUUGCAGGCUCCUCCGUGGGACCCCCACCCCAGGCCGACUCUUGCCCCGGGCAGCGUUGGGAGGCGCUGAGCUCGAAGAACUCUGCAUCCCGGUUCUGUUUUUCGUUUUUUCCCCGUGUUGGAUUUGGGGGGGAGGGGCUGGAUCAGUUGAUUCCAUAUUAAAAAAGAAAACAAAC